CUGCCAAACGAGGUAGCUAACGCGAGGUAGCUACAUGACUGGACCGCUCAGAGAAUCUUCAAAUCUUAAAAUAUUGCCAAAAUGCUGUAACAUUUUGUCUGAAACGUGAGUACCACGACUGGUACUAAUGAAACACUAGUUUUGUUAGCUAGCUAUAUGAAAAGUUAUUAGAUCAUUAGUUGGCUACCAAGCUUGUCGCUUUGACUAGCUAGCUAACAGUUAGCCAGCUCGGCUAACUUCGUCUGUGUUCAUUCUUCCGACUUUCUGUCAGUCAUCAUGGGUAAAGAUGUGGAGGAAGUCGCUGCUUCUCUUGUACGGGAAUAUCUCAGUCGGAAGGGUCUGAAGAAAACAAUUGCUUGUUUGGAAGAGGAGCUCCCACGAACUAAUUUAAGCAUCAAUAACAGGUCAGAUCUGCGGAAAAUCCUUCACUUAGAAGCUCUGUACAAAAAGAAUAAGUCUGAAGAACAACCUCUGAAAUCCAUGUUGGAGAUCAUGGUAAAGGAGCGACUGAGAAACAGUGUGGACGCUAAGAGAUGUCCGCUUGAGGACCACAAAACCCUUCUAGCUGAGCAAGAGUUACCCUCUGUUACAAAAUAUGCCAGGAGGGACCAAGAUCUUGCAGAUCUGCACAGCGACAAUUUUAGUGAAUCAGAGAGCAGUGUUCUAGCCCAGCUAAAAGCAUCUCCAGCCAAAGAGCUGCAUUCACCAAAGCGCUCCAAGCCCCUUUCCAGCAGUUCCUUCCUUUCAGCAAGCGAGAGGAACGUCUUUCCCUCCUCCUCCAGCCAGGACGGCAUCUUUGCGGAGAGGAAGACGUCCAAGCCGGACAGCCUGGGCAACACACGCAGCCAAGCAAGGAGAGGCAUCAUGUCAGGCCCCGUGGUUGCCUCCAUCCAGGAAACCAGUAGGAAGCGAUCUGCCAGGAAGUCCCCGGGUUCGUUCUCUCUGUUAAACAAGUCUGAGUAUGAUUCAGAAGGAGAAGGCAGGCUGAGCCAAAGCGUCGGCGCGGACGCCAGCCACACCGACUCUGAUGGGACUGUCCCCUCCGCGAGAGACCGAAGCACAGCCCUCGGUUCCAACAGACCAAUCGCACACAGCAAUGGCCUUGGCAGAAUGCAGAGAGUUAGGUCCCCAAGGAACACAUCAGGAUGCAGUCCAGGAGAGGGCGCUCUCCACAUGGAAGUGGUUCUGGACGAUCUAGACGAUGAGGACUUGCGUGGUCUGUCUGCAGUGUCAAUCAGUAACACGGUACCUCAAAAACAUUUGAGCAACCAGCCCAUGGACUUGCAGACAGCUGCUGCCCUGAAAGAGCUCAUCUUUGGUUCCCCCAUGAGCUGUUUCAGCACGGAGUGGAAACAGCAGAGUUUCAGCUUCUCGGACACGCCUGAUAUGAGAUAUGGCUUUGUGCAGAAGAAGGGAGGGCCGUGUGGGGUGCUUGCUGCUGUUCAGGCCACUGUUCUCCAGAAGCUUCUGUUCGAAGGACGCGUCAGUGACUUCCAGUCCGAUAGGCUGCAGGUUUCAGACGCUGUGAGGACGAAGUGCCUGACUGAGGCUGUGGUGGAGAUCCUGUGGAGGGCCGGAGGCAGGAAGAAGGCAAUCGUUGCCAUAAACUCAGGCCGAAGGCUCUUCACACCAGUGGGUCACUACAGAUCCGACGGCGUCCUGGAGCAGAUCACCUGCAUGGAAGUGGAGAGUUUAGAUGACUUAAAAGCACUGCUUGAAGAGAAUAUUAAACAGUUUGAGACAGGCCCCUUCGGCUGCGCUUUGCUCAUCCUCUCCGCUGUGCUCUCCAGAACCACUCAAGGGACGAGGGCUGACAUGGACAUGCCCACCGCCAGCCUCAUCGGAGCUCAUGGCUACUGCACACAGGAGCUGGUGAACCUAUUGCUUUGUGGGCGUGCCGUUUCGAACGUCUUUGAUGAUGAAAUGAGGCUUGACUCAGGCAACGGCAACUUCACCCUCCUCAAAGGGAUCAAAGAACGCUGUGAUAUUGGACUGCUGUCUUUGUUUGAGCAUUAUAAUAUCUGUAAGGUCGGAUCUUACCUGAAGAUGCCCAGAUUCCCCAUCUGGGUGGUGUGCAGCGAGAGUCACUUCAGUGUGCUGUUCUCGGCGUGUGAGGACCUCGCGUCCAGCCACUGGAAGCCGAAGCCCUUCGACCUGUUCUACUACGACGGCCUGGCCAAUCAGCUCGAGCCCAUCAGAUUAACAGUGUAUCCCGACUCUGCUGUAAUGACCCUUGACUCCAGGGACGUGAACUCUGACCUCAUACCUCCCCUGGAGCUUUGCAUCAGGACCAGAUGGCCUGAUGCAGUUGUGAGCUGGAACGAAACUGAACCAAUUCUUUGAAUGUUUGAUGGUCAUUAAUCCACAACAACGCCACCUCUGCAACUGAAGACAAACAUCUACUAAACAUUUCAUUCCAGUUAAAUGUACCGUUUGUAUGUUGUUUGUGUUCAUAAAUCUAUUUCUUGUUUUGCUGUAUGAAUGCUGUAAUUACACUGUAUCUUUUGUUCUCAAACCCUGCUGUUUUAGCCUUUAAAGACUUAUCGUAUGCAGUGAAUUUAUUUAUUAAACAAAAGCUUUAUCCU